AAUAUUGGCUGUACCAUUUACACCAUCUUCUUGAUGAUUAUACUCUGUUCGAUUUGUGUCUUGGGUGUAUUUAUGUCUCCACUGGAGAAUGACUAUAUAAUUUCCUGGUUUGUUUCGGCAUUUGUUUUUGUAUCGCAAAUUUUCAGCCACCUGGUUAUGAUGUGGGAAUGUUUGGCCAAACAAAAGGAACACACGGAAUUUUUAAGGUUGCUAAAUGAAAUUGAGGUAACCUUCAAAUUAAAAUUACGAGCAGAUAUUGGCCUCUACGCGAUGACAGAAAAAUUGAGAAAAAUUCUAAUUACCCUGGCUGCAGUAUCUGUAAUUGGUUUGAUAAUCUUUGGUAUACACAAUUCCUUUAUGAAUGAUCAGGGCUACUUUUGGUGGGCCCUAUUUGCCAUUUUGGCAAUGCGCAUGCGUUUCUUGCAGUUGCAAAUGUAUGUGGAGUUGUUAAAUCAUUAUUUGUGCUCAUUGAAUCGGAAGCUACAGCAAGUGGUGUGUUUGAAGACGCAGGAAGAAUCUCAGCUGCUGGAUGUGAAUUAUAAACAGCUGCAAACUUUGGAAUAUUUAAAUCACAUCAAGGAAUUGUAUUCGAGUAUUUAUGAAGCAUUUCAUUGUCUGAAUGAGUUUGGUCAGGCAUCAAUGUUCGCUGUGACAGCUUCGUAUUUUUUGGAUUGUACCUGUCACAUCUAUUGGUGUCUAUUGGCAUUGGAUAAACUUUUUCCCGCGGGAAGUAUUGUGUUGUCGAUAAGUACGAUAAUACCGUUGUCCUUGAAUUCCUAUAAAUUUUGUUAUACAUGUCAGCUGGUGAAGCAGGAGGUAAGUCUAUAA